AUGGCCUCCUCAUCACAACCUUCGAGCUUCUUGCUCUACUCUUGUAUAGCACACCGCACAACUAUUCUUGCAGAGCACUCGUCACCCGGGACAUCCUCUACUGCAGCCUCUUCGCUAGCAUCCAUUAUCCUCCCUAAGAUCACGCAUGACAAGGCCCAGAAGCUCACUUACACACAUGAGCGUCUCUUCGUCCAUUACAUCGCAGAUUCACCCACAGGCUCUUCAGAUGAUGCUGGUCGCCAAGAACCGAACUCCUAUGCACCUCUCAGCUACAUCGUGGUGGCGACCGCCGAACAAGGCCGUCGCAUUCCAUUUGCCUUUCUCCUCGAGAUGAAACGCAAGUUCCUAUCGACCUACCCCCCUUCAAGCACUGAUUUCUCUUCUCUCCCCGCAUACGGCUGUGCCGCUUUUAACUCGGAGCUUCGUUCUCUCCUCCAAACAUACAACACCGCCCCGCCGUCGGACUCGCUUGCUUCAGCCCGACGGGAGAUCGACAGCGUCCGUGACAUUAUGACAGAGAACAUUGAGCGGGUACUUGAGCGUGGUGAACGGAUUGAUUUGUUGGUCGAUAAGACCGAUCGGCUCGGGGGCAGCGCGCACGACUUCCGAGUGCGUAGUCGCGGUCUGCGGCGGCGGAUGUGGUGGAAGAAUAUCAAGCUGAUGGUGCUUUUGGCUGUUGUGGUGGUCUUCCUCGUCUAUAUUUUCGUCGGUAUGGGAUGUGGCUUGCCGGCUUGGGGGAAGUGUGUUGGGCACAGUAAGUAG